AUGCUCCAUCGACUCAAGAUUUCCCCAAGCGAAUAUGACAAUGUUGGUUCAGCGGCGUAUGGCCAAGGGGCUCAGUUCUAUCAAGAUGCACCGCUCCCGCCGUCCCAUUCAUCUCCUUCUUAUUCAGCAAGGGACUUUGCGACAGUCCCUAUUUCAUCGAUGUCUUCUAUGCCAUCUGGUACAGCAGCACCGACUGCCGCAUCCGCCGCCGCCGCUGUCCCAGUAACAGCGUCUGCAGCAACUCCAUCACGUUCGGCCGUUAUUCCACCCACUUCAUUACCCACUAGUGCAGGUGCAGCUGCGCCUGCACCUGCUCCGUACCCUGCUAGUCGUACGCGCGGGGCAGCUGACAAUGUCGUAGGCAUGUCUGGUCCGGCUACUCGCCCGCCUCGCUCUACGGCUGAUGCUCAGCAAAUGCCAGCAGCAGCUCCGACGCCAGCCUGGCGUCGGUCUGCUGCCGCGUCACAAACUCCUGGCGCGUAUUAUGAAGCAGACCCUGAUUUACUUACCACAACGUAUGAAGACACCUGGGCAAGUGCCGAUAGUCCUUAUGGGCGUGCAGGCGUUGGUCGCGUCACUGACGAUGAUCCGCCACCACCCAGAGCCGUCCACAUGCAGCCAGGUCAAGUGUAUACAAAUGUGUCGCCGCUGGGUGCAUUCACUCAUAUGUAA